AGUGUCAACUGUCAGUGACAAAUGAACAAGUUCAAGUUUAUUCUGCUGUCCCAAGAGAGAGAUUAUACAUAUCAUUUGUUUUACAAUUUGUAUUGAUUAGAUAUUAAAAAAGACUGUUUAGCGUAAGUGAAUAUAGAAAGGCAUUUGGAAAAGUCGCUAAAAUGGAUUUCGAAAUAGAUUUUACACAAGAAAAUUCAAGAGAAUUCGAAGAGAUCAUCAUCCCCGUGCCAUGGGGUCACAUCGCUGGUCGCUGGUAUGGCGAAAAGAACGUCCGACCCAUCCUCGCACUCCAUGGAUGGCUAGACAACUAUGGCACUUGGGACAACCUCAUUCCAUUGAUGCCACCACAUAUUGGUGUGCUUGCCAUCGAUAUGGCUGGUCAUGGAAAAUCAUCUCGUCGGCCCCAAGGAGAAGUCUACCAUGGAUUUUCGUAUUUGGCCGACAUUAUUCGAGUUAUGGACCAAUAUAACUGGGAUAAAGUCUCAAUAAUGGCCCAUUCGAUGAGCUCGGUUAUUGCUUUUGUCUUUGCUGCCUUAUACCCGUACCGAAUCGACAUGCUCAUUCAAUUGGAUUCGUUGCAUCCUCGAAUUAAUUCGCCGGCGCACAGCAUCUGGCAGUUGAAUUAUUCGAUCGAGAAAUUUAUGCUCGAGGAAAGACGGAUCCGAGAGUCAGAUUUUAGGGAGCCACCAUCGUAUACCUACGACGAAUUGGUUGGAAGAGUUCACGAGGGCUCCAACAGAUCAGUUGACGUUGAUAAAUGCAAGCAUCUCAUCCGAACAAAUGUCUCCAAGUCCAAAUUGUACCCUUCCAAGUAUUAUUUCUCUCGAGAUCCAAGGGUCAAGUAUUACCUGGGAUUCUGUUUCGACGACAACUUCAUUAUAGCCAUGGCCAAACGCAUUAAAAUUCCACAGCUAGUAAUUAAGGCUUCCGAGUCGCAUACAAUCGAUGAGAAUAACCCCGUAAUCGAGGUUCUUCGGAAGAGCAAUCCAUAUUUUGAAUUCCAUACUCUCCAGGGUACUCAUCAUGUGCACUUAAACAAUGCCCCAGAGACGAGCAUUCUUGUGAACACCUUUGUUCACAAAUGGAGGCCAAACUCUGGCGCCGCUGCCGUCGUUAACGUGGACGGAGCGAAACCACAACUACAAAUUUGUCCGACGAAACCUCAAGGCCUGAAUUCCAAAUUAUAAAUUAACUUGAGUCCUUUAAGGCACAGAUUAUAAUAAAAUCGGUACUUGCAUCCAAAUUGAGUAUGUUUGUGCAAGUGUUAAGUUAAAGUGAGAAUAAGUGAAAGAGUUUAAAUGCUAAAUUACUAAGGUGAAAUGGGAAUUCAUUUGUAUUUUAAGGUUCAUAGGUUAAGGUUUGUUGUUUAGACUUGAGAAAAGUUCUUUAAGGCUCAACCUAAUUUAAUUUUCACAUGUGAUCAUCAUUUUAAAUGUUGGUACCUAAGAUUAUCCAAUAUAAACUUGUUUGUCAAACUCAAAAUGUAUAUACCUAACUGUGUAAUUCCUUAAUUUAUGUAUUACUAUGUUAGUUUUGUAAGCUUACUGCUGGUAUUUUAUUUAAAAAUUGUAACAUAAGUUAAAAUUAAACAAAACCGCUUGCAAA